UGUCUUUGAGACUGGGUUUGGCUCGGUUAUAGCUUUUCGCAUUUACAUUGGUUUCGUUUUGAUUGAGCAGAAAGUUCAUGCAAAUAGGAACACCAUGUUUUUCUUUGACUGCCUGUGUGAUUUCUGUAAUGGAUUCGUUUAGCUUUUCUGCAUCAAACACUAUUGGAAUCAGCUUCAAAACCAUAUGUUUCUCUAUAUAAAUUCACCUUUUGCUUGUUUAGUAAAUCGAGUUUAUGGAUUUGAGUGGAAAGACACCGAAAGCAUGAGCCUUUUUUUUUUCCGUUUUGGCGCACUUAACUUUCAGAAUCAUUUCCUCAGCUUCGGAGAAUUCACAGUUUAAGAUUUACCACUAAUUGGUUUCCUGGCAGAAUGCAAUGCCUUUUGAGAUUUUCUUCCCAGAAUAUGCUUGCUUAAAGGAUCUCUGUGAGGGAUUAUGUUGUUGUGUUAAUGGGCUGCUAUAGUUCAAAACUAAAGAAAACUCCAGGCUAUGAGGACCCGAAAGUUCUUGCUGCUGAAACACCAUUUACAGUGAGUGAAGUAGAAGCCUUGUAUGAGCUUUUUAAGAAAUUGAGCAGUUCUAUAUAUGAUGAUGGGCUCAUCCACAAGGAAGAAUUCCAACUAGCACUCUUCAGGAACCAGAAUAAGGAGAAUCUUUUUGCAGACAGGAUAUUCGACUUAUUUGAUGUCAAGCGCAACGGGGUUAUUGAGUUUGGAGAAUUUGUUCGAUCAUUGGGCGUCUUUCACCCUGAUGCACCUGUAGAAGACAAAAUUGUAUUUGCAUUUAGACUGUAUGAUCUUAGACAAACAGGGUUCAUUGAACGAGAGGAGUUGAAGGAGAUGGUGCUGGCGCUUCUGCACGAAUCGGAUCUGUUACUUUCAGAUGAUGUUGUCGAAGCCAUUGUGGAUAAGACAUUUAGUGAUGCAGAUACAAAAGGUGAUGGAAGGAUUGAUCAGCAAGAGUGGAAGGAGUUUGUUCUGAAGCAUCCAACUUUGAUCCUAAAGAAUAUGACUCUGCCGUACCUAAAGGACAUCACGCUAGCUUUCCCUAGCUUUGUAAUGAGUUCUGAAGUUGAAGAUUCAGAUAUCUGAGGGAUUCCAUGAAGGAGUCAUUAAGAAUUCCAUGUGCCUGGAUGGUGAUUGAAACUAAUGACAAGAUCGCGGUGAAGCUCUACUCACGUUGACAAUGAUGUCUUUAGUUUAUGAAGAACCCAUGAAGCGCAUUUCAGAGAUAAGCCAACUCUGCAUCGCAGGUUGCGUUCCUGAGUCUUAUCUUCAAUCUUGAAAUCUACUGUAGGCAUGGAUAAGUGUAUAUACUGUCCAUGUAUGUGCAGCUGGGAGUAAAAUUAUAUGUGCAAGUCAAUCUCUGCAUACCUUAGGAGUUUUGUAACACCAGGAGUCCUGUGAUGACAGUUAAGUCUAUAUAUUGAAAUCUAUCCUUUGACACAGA